AUGUCUUCCAAUGCCACCAACAAGAAAAUCGUCCUAGUCAUCGGUGCCACCGGCGCCCAAGGUGUUGCUGUCGUCGAUGCGCUCCUUGCCGCAUCCGCCGAUGGCUCGCCUUCUCCCUACGCCGUCCGCGCCUUGACUCGUGAUCCCAGCAACAGUCGCGCUCAAGAGCUUGCAGCCAGAGGCGUAGAGCUCUUCAAAGGCUCGUUGCACGACUUUUCCACUGUUCUUGCCGCCUUAGAGGGUGCCUGGGGAGCCUUCGUGAACACGGACUCGCAUACCGUCGGCGAGCAAAAGGAGGUCUUCCUCGGGAUGCGUAUCUUCGAGCUCGCGCAACAGGCGAAAACCGUCCGUCACUACGUCUGGAGCAACCUUGACUAUGUCGCUAAGAAAUCAGGCUAUGAUCCGAAGUAUAGGGUUGGGUUAUUUGAUGGCAAGGGCCGCGUUGCAGACUGGCUGAAAGCGCAGCCUUCCGUUGUCAGCGACAGCGACUUGUCUUGGAGCUGUCUCACCACGGCGCCUUAUAUGGAGAUGCUUAAAUCGCUAUUGUGGGGUCCUCUCACCCGCCGUGCUGAUGGCACGCUCGUUUUCGCGUUCCCUACCGGACAGGGCCGCGUCCCGAUGGUGUCCCUCAAGGACAUCGGCUUCUUCGCCCGCUACUCCUUCGACAACCGCGCCGAAGUCUCGGGAAAGGACCUCGAGAUCGCGGGCGACGUAGUCACGCUCGAGGACACCGUCGAGGCUUUCAAAAAGGCCACCGGGCUGCCGGCCGUCGCAGUGUACCUCACCGUUGAGGAGUGGUUCCGCAACUGGAAGAACACCGACUUCCCUGCUUCGAAGGGCGAAGAUCCGAUGACAUGGAAGGAGAGCUUCACGGGGUUCUGGUAUGUGUUCCGGGACGAUAUAACGAAGAGGGACAUGGCCUGGGUCCGCAAGGUCCACCCCAAGGUGCAGAGUAUUGAGCAGUGGAUGCGGGACGACAAGUACAGUGGGGAGCUGGAUCCGCUCUUGCUGAAGGGCUGGGAGAGCGACAGUCCUCUGGCUCCUGACUUAGAUCACAUUGCUGCAACUUUGGGAAAGGCGUAGUUAUUUAGUCUUGGCAAAAUUGACAGUGUAAUGUCGGCGCGCGGCGCACUUCCCGAUGCUUUCAAUGUAAAAUUUCGCGAGCUUCCAAAUCUCAGAUUCU